UUGACCAGAGCCAGACCCUAUGGGCCCUGUUCAAAAGUUGUGCACUAUAAAGGGAAGAGAAUGCCUUUUGGAACGCAGUGACUGCUUUCCAUUGUUGCGUCCUCUUCUCCCAGUUAUUGUACCCAGGUCAGUCACACCAGCUUGCUCUUCUUAUUUAGACACCAGCAAUGCCGCAAGUGACAUCACUCAUGGUGUUGUGGCUGACCUUAAUGCUACUGAGGAAUUCCCUGCCAGGAGCCUUAGCCCGGCUGAUGUAAAGGCUGACGGCAUGGCCCGCCUUCCCUCUGCCAGAGGGGAGGAGACUAAGAAGAACAGGAAGUGGCACUUCCUCCCCAAAAUUGGCAAGAUUCCAAAGAUCAGGAUGAAGCUGUUCAAGACAAAAGGGGAACCGAAGAGCCACCCUGAACAGGAUGCGCUGCCUACCAAACGUCUCAGAGAGACUCAUAUUUCACAGAAUGCUGAGUGUGAGGUUCCAGAGGUUCCAUCCACUUCCCCACCCAAGGAGGACCUGACAACCACACUGGCCCCUGCUCCCCAGGAGUCCCAGUCCCGUAAACGCCCUCUCAUAGUCAGGGCUGUUGCAUCCCCACACCUACCAGUGAAGCACCACAGGCUAGACAAUGAGAAGCGGACACCGUUGCAUGCCGCUGCCUAUCUAGGAGAUACAGAAAUUCUAGAGCUACUCAUACUAUCAGGAGCCAGAGUAAAUGCCAAAGACAACAAGUGUCUCAAUACUCUGCACCGGGCCGUGGCUUCCUGCAGUGAGGAGGCAGUCCAGGUGCUAUUGAAACACUCUGCUGAUGUGAACGCCAGGGACAAGAACUGGCAGACGCCGCUCCACAUCGCUGCAGCCAAUAAGGCGGUCUGCUGUGCCAAGGCUCUGAACGUGUCGGACCAGGCCGGGCACACGGCGCUGCACCAUGCAGUCUUCAGGGGACACCUGGAGGAGGUUCGUCAUAUGAAGGACAUUCAAGUGGAUGUGACCCCUAACCUGCAAUAGGGGCUCAGUGGGGUGACAGACAUCCUGUAACGGAUCUCCAAGCUAGUGUCUGAGGACCUGAAGGAGGCUGUGUCUACAGCUGUGGUUCAGGACA